UCAUUACCAUCAAAUGAAUAAUUUUUAGCCUGUAUUAUGUACACAACAAGCCAAAAAUUAAGUUUUCAGAGAAUACCGUAACAUCUAUAUAAAUCAGAUUACAAAAAACAUUCAUCAUUUUUUGAGAUUCCAUGAUGAUGGAUUUCAUAUUUGUUAUGAUCUUAGCUAUUCUCUUUCUGUAUCUCUUAAAACUUGUAUACUCAAUAUUGUGGGUUCCUCACAAAACUCAAAGGCACUUCAGAAAACAAGGCAUCCAAGGUCCAGAUUACCGUCCGAUCAUCGGGAAUUCAUCAGAGAUGAAACUCAAGAGAGAAGAAGCAAAGUCCAAAGUAUCAGAUGACCAUAGCAUCCUCAACCGUGUGGUUCCUGCUUAUAGUACCUGGUCUAGAAUGUAUGGCAAAAACUACCUGUACUGGUUUGGAACCAAGCCUAGGUUAGCAAUAGCAGAUCCGGGCAUGAUUAAGGAGGUUCUUAUGAAUACAGGUGGGUUAUAUGAGAGGUUAGAUAAUGAUCCCUUGUCCAAACAGCUCUUAGGGGAGGGACUUCCCGAGCUUAGAGGUGAGAAAUGGGCUGUUCAUAGAAGAAUCAGUAACCUGGCCCUAAACUUGGAGCAAGUGAAGGGUUGGGUGCCAAAAAUGGCGGCUAGUACUAUGAAGAUGCUUGACAAGUGGGAGUUAAAAAGAGCUGGAAGAGAUGAAUUUGAGAUUGAAGUUCACAAAGAUAUUCAUAAUCUGUCAGCAGAUAUUAUAUCAAGAACAAUUUUUGGAAGCAGCUUUGAAGAGGGAAAACAUAUUUUUGAGUUACAAGAACAGCAAAUGCACCUUUUCUUUGCAUCUCUAACUAGUGUCUAUAUUCCAGGUUUCAGGUUUUUGCCCACUAAGAAGAACAAAGAGAGGUGGAGAAUAGAAAAGGAAAUUCGGGGAUCGAUACUAAAUUUGAUAGAGGCUAACAAAACAAGUGCAGAGGAUUCAAGAAAUCUACUUAGUCUGUUAAUGUCCUCCCAUAAGAAUCAUGAUGGUAAAGAAGACAGGUUAGAGGUAGAGGAAAUUAUAGAUGAAUGCAAGACUUUUUACUUUGCAGGAAAGGAAACAAGUGCUAAUACUUUGACUUGGGCACUUAUCCUUCUAGCAAUGCAUCAAGAUUGGCAAACUAAGGCCAGAGAAGAAGUCAUUCUUGUCUGCAAAGAAGAUGAGCAUCCUACUGCUGAUAAUCUUAGCCAACUUAAAAUCAUAAAUAUGAUAAUAAAUGAAACGCUUAGGCUGUACUCUCCGGUGGCAAUGCUGAUGAGACGAACCUGCAAAGAUGUUAAGCUGGGGGGAGUUGAGAUUCCUAGAGACUCACAACUUGCUCUUGUCACAAUUGCCACCCACCAUGAUCUUGACAUAUGGGGAGAAGAUGCUGAUAAGUUCAAUCCUGAUAGAUUUAGCGAGCCUCGCAAGCAUUUAGCCUCCUUCUUCCCAUGGGGUGUAGGCCCCAGAAUAUGUGUGGGUCAAAGUUUUGCUAUGGUUGAAGUCAAGCUUGUUCUUGCAAUGAUCAUCAGGCAAUUUUCUUUUAUGCUGUCACCUACAUAUGUUCAUGCCCCUCUGCAGUUUCUUACAGUGCAGCCUCAACAUGGAGCACAGAUACACUUCACAAAAAUCUGAAAUUGAUGAGUUGCUCAGUUUAUUUGCUGCAUCUUUUGUUUUUCUAAUAAAGAGGGUGAUCUGUAGAUAAUAUUGUGUAAAAUGUAUUCUAAUGAUUUUCUACAUAGCUUAUUAACGAAUGAUUUUCGUUUUCU